CUGCAUCAUCUCAAUUAAUUCACCAUUCUAGACUUCAUCGCUCACCUUAUUGACUAUGCGCUUCUUGUGCCUUCACGGAGCUGGCACUAACAGCAAGAUCUUCGAAGCUCAAACUGCGGCACUACGAUAUGAACUUGGUGGUAAUCAUACGUACGAAUUCGUCGAGGGCCAUAUCCCGCAGCCUCAAGCCCCAGCAAUCGAACGGUUCGCAACAAGCGGGGAUGAGUACUAUGCCUACUACAUCCCUGGUAGCCAGCCGUCAUUUACCACCGCCAAGGCGCAUUUGCAGGCCUACGUGGAAACCGAAGGACCGUUUGAUGGAGUGAUCGCGUUUUCGCAAGGCGCCUCCCUGGCCAGUGCUUUGCUGCUCGGAGACGAACACGCACAGGCACUGCCCUUCCGCUGCGCCAUCUUGAUAUGUGGUCGUUUGCCAAUGACAGACGAGCGUUCCUUAUGCAAUGUGAUGGGGGCGGGAAAGGAAGGCCUGCAGAAGGAAGAUGAGGAGAAGGUGGAGAAUGAUGAUGACAGUGGUGGUUGGGACUGCAAGGAACGGCAAAUCAGAAUUCCGACAGUGCAUAUCAUGGCGGCUAAUGACCCGAUUGACCCCGGCCAUGCUAAGGCCCUUUGGACCUGCUGCAAUGCGGCAGUCCGGUGGGAGUGUGUUCAUGAAUUGGGGCAUGAGGUACCUGGGGCUCGAGACCAAGAGGUGUUGGUGGAGAGCGUCAACGCUAUUCGACGCAUGCUGGGCGCAGUGGGAAGCACG